GCUUUAUUUGCAUGCAGAGGCGCAUGCUUGUAAUUCACGCCAUUUUUUGCCAAGCUUAAUUGUAAUAACUCGAGAGAGUUCUCUUAAGGAAACCAUAGGAAAAUCUAACUCAAAUGGAUGGAGAGGAGGGCAUCGAAAACGCUUUUAAAAAGUUGAAGCGUUUCUUUCGUGGUAAAAGGUUCCAAGACAGCUCGUGGUCAUGGGUCGUGUGUAUUUCAGCGGCCGUGUGCAAUGCAAUCAACCUUGGCUUUACACUCAGCUUUGGAGUUUUGUUCCCGGAGUUGAUGAGGCACUUUAAUGCCACAAGAGAAAGGACAGGUAUGCUGAUCAUAAAUCUGUUUAAGUAACGGAAAUUUAUGAGCUAAAUGCUGAUUUUGUCGUUCAGUUCUCGUCAGAAGACUGGCUUAGGCCUGAGGGCGAACCAUGAGACAAUCAUGUAAAUAACCAGUAUGAAUAAAACGAACAAGCUUUCGCGGAAGCGACAGGAGACCGCUUGCUCUUGUUUUUUCUCAUUCUUGUUGGUAACGCAUGUAAACCAUGUUCAAACGCUUCAUCACUGAAAACGUUGAUUUGUACAAAUUAUUUUAGAAGACCUGUGGUAUACGAUGAGGAGGACUGUUCAUUUUUAAAAAAACAACGCAUCCAUAGUGAAUUGUUGUGAUACACUGUUUGUCCAUGAUUGCAGCCUUCGAAAAAUUUCGUUUAAAUAACCGCCCUUAAGUUAUUUAAGCCUGAAGAGUCUUCCCCCGCAGAGUACUAAUGAGGGAGUCUUUCAAAUAAACAAUAAGCUUGUGGCUUUCUGUUGAUUAUGUAAAAUUAAUAUCUACUGUAUGAGCUGCCAAUCGAAAAAGUAAUAUGUAAGAUAACUCUUGCAUCAGUUUAGUAAAGUGAUGCAGGAAAACCAGGAAUGGAGUGAGCAAAUCCAUUAAAAUGAUUCAUUGGAAAUCAUGGAAGCGUAAACGAAUGAAUUCAGAUUUUCUGAACAUUAUUAUGGACGUCCAAUUAAGUGACCUUACUUGACCAAGUGGUAAAGUGGCAGAUGUUUAGUAUGUAAAUUGUUGUAAUAAAGAAGUUUCCAGUGCUGCACAAAACUCUAAAAUCUUUUUAAUACGUGACCCACGUGCGUCCUGGCUCAUAACGUAGAUGAGAUGCAGGAUUGCGACACUAGACUUGUCUGAAGAGGAACAUAAUAAUACUCUCUUGAAAGGUCAAAAACCGUUUCAGUAUGUUUUUCCCAAAGAUAUCCAGCUGACUUUGUAUAGGUACUUAAAAUACCAAAAUGAAUGGAACUAAUAUCAAUUAAAAUCAUCUUUUUGACAGCCUGGGUUGGCUCCAUCGGCCUGGCCAUGGUUUGGUUUGCCAGUUUGCUGGCUGGAUAUCUGUGUGAUCACUUUGGAUGUCGUAUCACAUGUUUUAUGGGAGGACUCCUGUGCAUUGCAGGUUUGGUAGCGACUUCCUUCGCUAAUAGCCUCACUGUUAUGUACUUUACUUACGGUUUGGUGUACGGAAUGGGGGCCUGUUUCAUUUACAACUCUUACUUCUUGGUUGUUGGAACGUAUUUCAAACAAAAACUCUCGUUAGCUGUUGGUAUAACGGCAUUAGGGUCUGGUGCAGGUGUCCUUUACAACGGCCCGUUGCUACAGGCUCUUUUGGACGCGUUUGGAUGGAGAAACACAUUUAGAAUAAUGACGGCAACCUUCGCUCUUGUUUGCAUUUUGAGUUUGAAUUUCAAUCCAAAUGUAGAGACAACAUCGGAGGUGGAUGUGGAAUCAGAAACUUUAGACGCGGAACAAAAACUAGGAAUUAAGGGAAGAAUCACUUUUUACUGCAGCGUGUGGACAUUUCCUGUUUACACUUUUGUAGUCAUUUCUAUAACAGUUGGAAGUUUUGGCAUGUUCAUUCCAAUCAUCAAUCUGGUUAGUAUACAGCUUUUCAUAGUAUAGCUAAUUCUUUUGUCAUUUAAAAAGGAAAAAAUAUUUGAUAAAUGUGUCGAUAUGGGCGAAGGUCCAUAUUCAAGAAAAUCUGUAUUUUGUAUUAUGAGUUCAAUAGUUGCUUGAGCUUUGCAUGGUCUUGUUAAUACUUGUGUGCCACAGUAAGGAUCAACAUGCACGUUUUGUAUCAGGUUUUGUGCUAAGCGGAAGGUCUCAGUUGUUAAAACAUCAGUUCCUCUAGGCAGGAGUUUAAAACCAAAUACACCCCGUCUUCACAGCCUCUAGGCAUUUAGGCAAGCAUUGCCCCGGGAUCCUGGCAUUAUUUUGUAGGUGAAUAGUCAGCCUUUUCCAACCAUCAAUGUGGACGAGGUGCAUAUCCACGUCUGCUUACUAAGCGCAUGGAACAAGCAAGUGACAACCAUUGACUCUAUGAACUGCACUCGAAAUCAAUUUACAACCUUUUUAAAUAUAUACAAUCCUUUUAAAAUUAAGAUGUUUACUUUGAAGAUCUGUGAAAUAAUGAGAAUUCUCUCUGUCGUCCCCUCUUCUCUCCGUAUGCUCCAUUGACAAAUUUAUGAAGCCACAAUCUGUAUAAAUCCUAACUAGGUCAAAUAUUGUGAGGAUCUUGGGAUCAAGGCGCAGAGUGCCUCUCGAUUGUUCAUCUUCAUUGGCCUUACCUCAUCCCUUGCACGGAUUCUGUCAGGAAAACUGUGCGAAUAUCCAAAGAUUAACCCAGUGUUUGUCUAUCAGUCGUCCCUGUUUAUUGGUGGUGUAUCUGCCCUCCUGUUACCUUCUGCAACCGAAUACUGGGCCUUAGUUGUAUUUAGCUGUGCUUAUGGAACAAGCGACGGAAUUUUUAUAUCAACAUCGUGUUACAUCUUACUUAGUUGUGUGGACAAAAAAAGAAAAACAGCUUCAUUCUGUAUCGAAUGCCUGCUUUACUCGUUUUCAGCAGCGACUGGCGGACCAAUUGCUGGUAAGUAUUUCUCCGCACAGAAGUUAAAUGCUACUUUCCUAAAAGCCAUUUCGUUUGAACUUUAGACGCCUGCAAUGAUCAUGUACUUGUUAUUCAACGCUUUUUUUUUCUACGUAAGAAAGGAUUUCUGUCAUCUAACGGUGUGAAAACGUAGAUCCCUUUCUUUCAAAGCAAGGGAAAAGAUGUAAUGUAAAGAGAAUGAUACAUGGGUGGUUGUAGACGUGCAAUUGUUUCUUUGAGUAUUCGACUCGAUAGUUCACGAGUGAGUUAUCGAGUUGAACAGGAGAAAACAAAUUCCAUAUUUACAUGUUACCAUAUAUUAUUUCGUUUAUUUUAUAAACACAAUAGCGCUUUCUGACAAGACAAGUCGUCUUUAUAAAUGAAUGUAAAAAGAUAGGCGAUGUAUGGCUCAAGAUGAAAAAUGCGUUGAAUCAUUACAGAACUUGAAACAAUGGGCGUAACUUUCAAUUUACAAAAUUAUUAGUUGUUGACUUUUCCCAUCCACAGAAGAAAUCUUUUCAGGUACACGGCCAAAAUGGGCCUGUGGCAAACUCGUCUUCCAGAAGUCGUUUUUCGUCCUCAGUGACGUGUCAGCAACUUAUUGGUGAUGUCAAGCGCACAUGAAAAACUUAUAUUUUUUCACGUGUGUUGUUGCGGCUUUUACCGCAGUUUACACGAUAAGUGGCUUUCACAUGGUAGUAAAUGCCCCAUACAAUUUCUAUGCUAGGUAGCUUCGAAAAAAAAUGGUCGUGGUGCAAAAUAAAAUACAGAAAUAUAAUGAGCGUGCAAAAAUUGAAAGUAUUCCCAGUUUUUAGGCCACUCGCAUUUGAAAAGCCACAGCUUGAACAGGGAUAGGUUUCCAUUCGGUAAAUGUUUUUCAUUAUUGUUUAUUCAGAUGACUAUCAAAUGUUGUAUUUUAGGCGGUAGCAGCCUCCACACUGCAACUGGCUAUCAUUAAACGACUCCCUCUGCAUUUAUUGCAUUUUUUUGUACUAGAGCCAUUUCAAUUAAGUAAGGAAAGUAAUCGACGACUGCUUUCCUUUUUUUUUUUUGCCACGCUCUGUGAUUGAUUUGGAAAAUUUCGCCAUUCCCUCAACCUAAAACCAAUCACGACUUGGUCGCCCCAGUGUUCCCGUGUUUUAGGUGGUUUGGUUGCUUUACAUUUGAAUGCUUACUUCCUCUUAUAGGAAUUUUUCUCCUUCUGAUUGGCCGUUUUGAUUCUCUGCUUUUGGUUUUUACAAAACUCAAUCGAACAGCGCUCUCUAACCUGUGGUAUAAUUUACAAGUUUAGUGACUGGCUCUUGCAAGAGUCGUUUCCGUCUCCAACUAACCAACCUUUCCACCUUCGUUCCGUAACGUUUGAUCUGAAUGCUUCAUACUGAUCUUUCUCUCUUUGGUUUUGCGUUGACUUCCACAGGACUGAUGGCAGACCAAACAGGGAACUACAUAAAUUCGUUUUACAUGACCGGCGGUGUUGUGAUGUUUGCAUUUUUGAUUCCCUUUGCAUUGAUUUUCAUCAACCGGGAAAAGUCUCGAGUCAGCCCAAUAGUGUCAAGAGAAUGAAAGACAAAGAAGCAAAGUGUACUGCUCCAAGAGCCGAUGUGGCAGCCAAUAAUUUCCCUGCUCAGAGCUAAUUAAAAAAUAAUCGCACCCAUCUUUUCCAGCAACUUUAACAAUGUCUUCAGAGUAAAAGUCUUUCGUCUUUUAUAGUGAAACUGAAAAGCCUCAUUGCCUUUAAAAUCGAAGGCUUGUUAUGUAAGGUGAAUGGCAUAUGAUUAGUUUGCCUUUAACAAGAUUUAAUUUUAUGGGCAAAAACGCUAAUGAGAGGAACGAAUGAGCAAAGGAGAUCAGAUGAUUUAACACGAAGCUGUGAAGUACUUUAACUUUCUUUAUUUGCAUGGGAAACAGCCGUGGAAAAUUUCUGUUAAAAGCAACGGAAAGAGUUUUUUCUACCUAGACUCGACCGUAUCCUUCUUAAGUCCGGGCUCUAGAGAUUGAAAAUUUGCACUUUUGAUAUAUAUGCGAUAUUGACCAAGCGUGAGGUCAAGAUGGCUAGAUAUUAGCAGAGUUCUUUUUUUGCGUUUCAAUGGACCGGGACCAAGUCGAGGUCCAUAGAAGCGCAAAAAAAAGGGAACGAUGCUUAUAUCGAACCAUCUUAACCAAACAAGCGGCAUAAUUUAAGAAGAAUAAAAAA